AUGAAUUUAAUUACUUUAAAUUUCGAAGUUUCCUAUAUUGAAAAGGAGUUUAGAGAAUCAAAACAAAAAUUAUUUUCAACAAUCCUGGUCUAUUAAAAAUGGAUCUUUGGUCUAAUCAAUUUUCUUUCUUUUGUCAGUUGCUUGAUUUCCAAAAAUUGGAUAAUUGCGUCAAUCAGCAUAGGAACCCUAAUCCUCAUCCUAAUAUCAAUUAGGCUUAAUAAGAAGUAUCCAUAUGUAUAUGAAAUUGCAAUCAUUAUAUACAUGCUCUCGAUCAAUGCCUAUAUAGCUUUUGAAUAGUAAUUUGCCAGCAACGAUUGGUAAUACACUGAAACAUUUUUUAUUUCUUUCACUUUUGCGAGUUUGUUAAACCUGAUGAAUUUUAUGAAACGCGCCCUUUUGCUUAUAAUUACAGUAACUUUGCAUCUUAUCUUCGGAGUUCGACAUUCGGAUAUCAAUAUUGAUACGUACUUUCGAUAUUUGUUGUAUGUCGUCUUAUACGUUUAAUUUAUGUAUUAAUUUGAAAGGCUAUUGAGAACUACCUUCUUGGAUUAUCAGAAAUGCCAAUAAUAUUUGAACAAAAUCUCAAAAUUCAAAGAUGUAUAAAGCUACUCAGUUAAAUAUGAUGAAAGGAAAUCAUUGAUUUUGAUUGAGAAGAAUAACAGCAAAAGAAUACUUAAGGAAGAUUAGGAGGAGUUCCUCAAGAUGGUCCUCAAUAUGCAACUGUCUAUGCACAUUUAAAAAUCAAGGGUUGCUGAAAUAAUUUCGGUUGAUAAUUUACUUUCCCCAAAAAAACAAACCCUCAAGUAAUUUCUCGUUUAUUAUACCCAAGAAUCAAAUUCAGAUAUUAAUGAUACUCCCUCUAAAAUCAAAUAAGAUAUUCAGAUUUAUGGAUUUUAUUAAGAAUAAGUGUUCGCUUUAAGCAUUUUUAGGAGUUUUGACGUAAAGCCUGUAACUGUCCUAUUGAUGAAGGAGAGCAAAUCUGAAACACAGGAGGAAGAGAUGAGAUUGAGAAUGAGGAACAAUUCAAAACAACUUCAUUACAUACAAUAAAUUUUUGAUAAAUAAAUUAAAAAAUCUCUCAUCUAUUUUAAAUGGAUAAAAAAUUUUGCCAAUAAGCAAACAGAUGCAUAGCUAAUAAACAAGACAUUAUAAAUGAUUAAUUAUAGUUUAAAUAAAGGAUAUACAGAUUUUCUUAAUUUGGAGACAUUUACCUUAUAAAAGAUGCUCUCUCUCGGAAUCAAAUAAUUUGAUCUCAUCCUAUUAAUCAAAGAUGUAUUUGCCUUCUAUGAUGGCUACAAUAAACAGAAGCCUUAGUCUUUGGGUUAUAUCCAACAAUUCGAAGUCAUCAAUAAUUUAAGCAGCAAUAGCAUUAUGUCUGACUACAAGUACACGAAAUUACUACUCCAUAAUUUAAUUAAUUACACAAGCAAAAAGUCAUCGACCAUAUAAGUAAUAUUAGAUGAAGUAACCACAGAUUUUUCAUUAACACCCAUAAUUAGAAUUAAAAUACUCUACCAAGGUCCGAAUAUAACAAAGAAUCAACUUCAUGGUUUACCUAUUCUGAAUCCGCAAUCCUUAUAAGAAUUAAGGCACAAUAGUACUGUGCCUUUAGAUUUGGAUCUUGCAGUUUCAUUGAUUUUGAUUAGAAGAUUGGGCCCUUUUGAUAGGUUGAAGUUAAUUUAAUAAAAACGAAAAUCUAAUUAUUUAGAAUUUUACAUUUUCCAACAACUUACGGAAGACUAUUUGUUAAUCCCCAUAACAUCGAUGAAACCUUCAGACAAAAUAAAAGUAUAAGAAUAUUCAAGGAUUGCAAACUCAUUUUCAACUUCAAUCUAAAUUGAAUCUCCUGGAGAUAGCAUUUAAUUUUUAUGA